GCACUUUAUGGUAAAGGACCGUGUAACCACGAGGGUGUAAACAAACAUUUCAUGGGCCACAGGCAGCUGCUUUUUGAUUUAUUUUGAGGUUGGUCGCAUUUUCGGUUCCGGAUGGAGAUUUUGGGGAGCACGUUUGAUGACUCUGUGUUUUCGGAGGUUAGGGACCGAGUGUCUGUUCCGCUGUCCUCUUAUAACGCAAAGUUAUGUGAACCUGAGGUGAGAAUCUCCGUGUUGUUUGUUAAAAGCCGGUGGUUUACAUGACACAAAGCCCUUAAGAAUGAUGUGAAGACUGUAUUGGGUCAUUCCAUGAAAUCGGUGCCUUUUGCAGCCCCAGGAAGUAAUCAUUCAUAAAAUAUGAUAACAACAAAUCAAUAUGUAAUUUAAAAUAUAACAUUACCAUGUCUUCUGUCCUUAUCAUAACAUCAGAUUAAAGUCAAUUAAAUAUCAUUUUAAAUAAUUAAAAUUACUUUUAUGCUGAUGAGGGUGAGGUUUUUGGCCUGUCCCUCACUACUAUUGCUGUACGUAUACAGGAUGUUAAAAUUUUCAUAUUUACAUAUUGUUUUAAGUAUGAUCUUUCUGUUAAACAGUGUUUUUGGUAAUAAUAUAUAUUAGUGAUUAUAAAUAUUUACCAAUUUAUCGGCGUCCCUUGAUUUCAUGUCAUCCCUGUUACCCUGACUAAAACACCCUAAAAAAAUAAAGGUACAUUCCACAUUGGACAUGAUUGAUAGGAGGUUGCAUCGUCUCUGAGUGAGGAUGCUAACAUCUCAGUGACAAUUAAGUUUCUGUCAUCUCUGAUGUGCUCUUUUUGAUGUUUUUUCAAGGUUUAACCAGGGGGGACAAGCAUACCACGUCAACUCUGUUACCACUUUUUAACAUAUAAACCAAAACAAUUUUCUAUUUCUCAAAAUAUAAUCAAUAUCUAUAAGUUAUUACCUUUCAAAGUACCUAGCUUGCAGUUAAGCUAGCACUUAUUUAAACUAGCUACAGGCAGAUUAGUUAAAAAUGGUCAACCCUGUAACCGCCAACCCUGUUACCGCCAACCCUGUUACUGUCAACGUUACUGUCAACCAUGUUACUGUCAACCCUGUAACCGCCAACCCUGUUACUGUCAACCCUGUUACCAUCAACCAUGUUACCGUCAACUCUGUUACCACUUUUUAACAUAUAAACCAAAAAAAUUUUCUAUUUCUCAAAAUAUAAUUAAUAUCUUCAAGUACUGACCUUUCAAAGUACCUAGCUUGCACUUUAGCUGGCACUUAUUUAAGCUAGCCACAUGCAGAUUAGCUUAAAAUUGUCAAACCUGUUACUGACAACACUGUUACCGUCAACCCUGUUACUGUCAACCCUGUUACCUUUCCACAGUAACAGGAUUUGACAUGUGAGUAAAAGGGAUGACAUAGAAUAGUGUUUACCGUCCUUGUACUCUCUUUAAAGGUUAACCUUUAAAAUCUCUCUCUCUCUCUCUCUCUCUCUCUCUCUCUCUCUCUCUUUUAGUGGUUUUGUGAGAGUACUGCUCUGGACACAGAUGACCCCCUGGAGACGCAGAAGGUCUACAAGUUCAGAGGAGAUUUGGCUGUAAGACAGGGGAAGUACCAGGUAAAGAGACACUUGGUUGUCUUUGAUUUUUCACGCAUCUACAACCAUAGUCCCAUAAUUUUGACCAAGUGUUAGUAAAAAAGUGCCAGACAGUAUAAAAUAAAUUAAAGUCUUCACUUUUUCCUACCCUUUCAUUUGUCAUGCUAAUCUGUAAUCAACCUUAGUCAGUGGGCUAUAAUGGGGAUGUUAACUAAAGAACCAUAUCAGAAUAACAGAUUAUUGUAGGACUAAAAACAUAUUUAGCUUUAAAUUUCCAAACAAGUCAUCAAAUUAGGCUCAAGCUAGUUAAAGACAGAGUUGUCAAAAAGUAAUGUUAGCUGUAAUCUGCCUGUAAUAACAGUUUCCACCCUGAUAUAAUGGAGUUUUAUUCACAGGUGUUUUAAGGAAAUGUCUGUUUUCAGCAUGUUUACAUUCAAAGUGCAGAUGUUGUGUUCAGAUUCAUGUCUUGUGUUUGUUUUCACAGCUUACCACUGCCCUCUCUAGUUAAGGGUUAACAGCCUGGUUGUGUUCUUGUCUAUAGAAAGCUUUAGAUGCGUACAGCAGCUGUCUAGAGUGGAUUGCAGACAACAACCUUACCAUCAGAAGAGACGUGCUGGAGGGGAUGGCUCGAUGCUGCACCAGACUGGGACAGAGAGACCGGGCGCUGGACUUGGCUGAGCUGCUGGUAAACUUUCCAAUUUGCAGACAGUAGCUGGAACUGGAACAUCCUACUGAAAUUAUCUCUAAAUUUGAAGGAAAAAUCUACAAUAAUAGUCAAAGUCUCUCUUUUUUUCACCCUGGAUUUUUAACUACAUGUUUGGCAGCUUUUCAUGUGUAGUUAACUUCAACUAUUUACGUUGAUUAAAAUAAAUUAGUUAAUAUCUCAAUAUUUCUGAAGAAGCUCAAACAUUGAAGGUCUGCUUUAACACAAAAAAAACUUCUCUUAAGCACAAAGAUUUUAGAAUUCACAUUUGCUUCAUUUAAAACUGCUGGAUUAGAUUGUCCACUCAUGCAGCUCUUCACCAGUGUCUGUGUGCUCUUGUCUUUUGAACUCAUGGUGUCUGAAUUCUGGCACAUGGACGUGCAUGAACCUAAAGUUGGUUGUACAUUGUCAAUGGAAAUGAUGAGCUAUGAAAACAAAGAAAAAAACCUAAUAAAUCACAGAAGGAAUAAUUCCAGAGUAAUGUGUACGUGAUCUUUUUCUAGAGCAAAGAAGCCUCCAACACCUGUCACCUGACCAGCCUCCUACUGCUGAAGGUCAGCAUCCAAAACCUGCAUAAAUACAUACAUACAGACCAUCGUCUUUCCCACUUUGUCUGAAAAAAGUGCUGUGGAAACAGAGAGUCACUAAACUUUAACCGAAAUCUGCACUCUAUUGCAGAUUAGCAUCUAUCAGCAUUUUGGAUUCCUUGGAUCAAAGAUGUCGUCUCUGCAGCAGCUGUGCAGCCUGCUGCCCUUUAACCCCUGGCACUGGAACAGCCUGGGACAGACGUGUCUGCAGCUGCUGGAGAGAGACACAACCGCAGGUUGGCUGGAUGCACUUCUCUUUAAUUUACCAUCUUUAUUAUUAUCAUUGAUUGACUUCUGAAUUGUUGCAAUAAUGCUCAGGCUUUGAUUUUGCACUAACUUUGAACAAACACUUGAAGGGUAAAUGAUUUGUCCUCAUGGUUUGAUGUGCUCAUCUGUUUUUAUCAUGUGCAGGGUUGUGUUGGCCUCAGAGAUGCAAAUCAGCAGAUGAGCAGAAGCAGAAUCACACACAGACUGAGCAGCAACAGGAAGAGGCAGCAGAGCUCGACAAGAAUCACAUCUGGCUGAAAGCCUGCACAUGUUUCAUCAGAACAAGGUGUGGCUUUGUCAGUGUCAUCACAUGAAUCAGUGAGCACAGACCAGGGUUUACUGUAAAAGCUGGUUGAAAACAGAGGAAGUAAAAAGAUAUCUGGAUGCCGGUUUGAACUGAUUCAAACUUGAUCGGCUUGUGUGAGUCAGCUAUCGAGUUCUUACUCAGCACCUGACAGUGUUGAGUCAUUGGCUUUAACGCCAGAGGUGGUUUAAUCAAUUCCUGCUCUGGUUUUUCUGUUAUUGCAAAGUAGCUGUGGUGCACUGUAAUCCAGACCUCUCUGCUAUUCAACAUGUAAGAUACAAGAAGGGAAGAGUUUUAAAUCUGUGUGUGAAAAAUCUUAGAAGCAGAAUUUACCGGUGAAUAAUCCAACAUCUGCAUGUACAGUAGCUUUAAAACAUGUUUACUUUUUAAUGUCUUUUUUUUAGAAGUGGCCUCAGAGGUGUUUUAAAUGUUUUCUCAAUAGAAAAAUCCCCAUUAGGAAGACUAUUUACGAUUUAUCAAAAUAGUGAAGGUAAUAGAAUAAACACUAAAAAUGUCUGAAAGUUAAAAGUCAGUGGGAAGAGCAGCUGAUUCAGGUGUAAACAAACCCUUUAACACUUGAACUACCAAGGCAGUCAUUUUGACUGCUUUUAGACUUUUUAAAAAAUAAAUCGCACCCUGACUUUUCCUAAAUGUGUUUAUAUUUUAUUCUAACAUUGUUUUAUCAUUAGAAUUUCAAAACACGAGAGAUCUGAGUAUUACCUCCUCGAGUGACCAGAGCAGUCAAACUGCUUUUGACAAAGGGUGUUAGGUUUUGCUAUUUGCUACAUUUUCCCGCUCUAUUGUUUAUUUUGUAUUUUAAGCUCUAUGAAGCUAAAAUCUUGCUAAAACUUUUCUCAAAACUCAAGAGACUCAAAAAUGACAACUAGAAGAAAAAAAAAAAGAAAAAUGAGCAAAUUCAAGGAAUGAUGUGUCUUGGUAUUUUGAGGAAGGUCCUUAAAAAUCUCAUUCAUUAUAAUUUUAAUUUUGUGUACUGAUGUGUUUUUUUAUUAUCUAUUCCACCAAUUUAUUAGUUUUUUGUACAAAUACAGACUGAGUAGUAAAAAUGUCUCCCAUGGUCAUUCUAGUAGUUGCAGAUUUUUGGUAGACCAAGUGUUAAAGCACAGCAGUCUGAAUCCUCUCAAAACUUUUUCAUAUUAUCAAAGUUAUCAUAGUAGUUAUAAUUAAUUAUAACUAUUAUUUAUAAACUACUUCUAAAUAGAUAAAGGUUGGUCCAACUCUCUGAAGUUCAUAGAGAAUCUCCUUAUUGUUUAAAACAGAAGAAUUGAACUUGGCAGGUCUGCUUCACUUGUAAAUGUAAAUACAUUUCCCCUUUGUUUCUCCUUUCUCUGUCAGACUCCUGUUGAGGAUCCUUCGGCAGCAGCAGUCCUCUUUUGUUCUGCAGCGCAGUGAAAACACUUUACAGUCCUCAGAUGAGGCGUUACAGCAGCUUGGUCCCAAGGAAAGCACCCUGCAGGCUCUCACCGAGGUAAAGACACAGUCAUGGAAAAUACCUGAACUUCAGGAACUGUCGGAAAGUUUUUAGUCAAUAGUUAGUAAUAAUUCACAAUCAGCCUUUUUUGUGUCAUCGCUCAGGUGAUGUCAGAGGACCUGAUCCCCGACAAGAUGAGGGAGGACUACCAGGAUGGGGAGAGUCUGCUCAGUGUGUGUGUGCAGAGCUUCAGGGAGCGCUGGUGGAACAAGAUCUUACAGACUGGGGUGCUAAAGACCGACUGCUCUUCAUGUCAGACACAGACUGACACAAAGUCCUGAGGCUCAACGGAUGCCUGUUUAUAGACUGAAGGCAAAGAAGGAGAAAAAAGAAAAACAGACUCUAGAACUCUUUUAACUGGAGGCGACACUUUGUCUAAUCUGCCUUUCUGACAUGACAAAUCCUCAUACAUGUGGGGAUAAAUGUCAGGCUGAACGGUCACUUCUAUGUGAGAAACCUCUAAAACCGGACAGACGACACCCUUCAAAAUACAACAGACUCUUUCAUGAUCACACAGGGAGAGAUUUACAGUAAGAUUCAUUAAUUCUUCAUCACCACAAGCACGGGCUCAUUCAUGUUUUAGUUGGCUCAUACUGCGAGUUCAAUAAUUCACGGUGAACUGUCAUUCAGUUCUGUACGGAGUAAGACAUUUCCAAAAUCUUUAAGUGUUCUGCUUCAAAUCGCCUUAACAUGUAUUUGACUUUAAAAUGAUUUUAAUAAAGUUCUGACAUAAUUUUAUUCCUAAUACAAGUUCUAAAUGGGUUUACAAA